AUGGAACGGUGCGCAUGCCUCUUGAAACGUGUCGCCGAAUUGCUGCGCGAACGUCCGGGCCACUACACGUCGGAACACGUCGCCCAGGACCAGAGCGCGGACGCCCAGCCUGCGCCACGAUGCCUUCUGCAGCGCAUCCCAUGCAUCCCCAGCGUGGAUGUCCGGCAGGCAGGGUGGCUACUUUUGGCAUCCUGCGCCACCCCACGUGCCAAUUACAUUUUGCGCAUCUUGAACCCAACACCUCACGCAGCCCUCAGCGCCCCCCAGCUCGCGCAACGUUUCGGAGGGCUCGGUCUCCGCUCGGGACGGCGGCGUGAGUCGUCCGCGGGGCUGUCCUGCCCUGAAGCCCGGUGA